ACCGGCGAGCUCCCAGUCGAGGAAUGCGCACCGGAGUGGGUGCACGUGUAACUAACUGCCCGUGCUGUAACAUCGCGAGUGAUUGAAUAACUGUAUAAGUGACCAUGAGGUGUUUUGUGUUUGUUUGUUUGGCGGCAUGUGUGAGCAUUGCCUCUGCCGCGGCGCCUUCGUGCCUCGCCGAAGACUUCUUCAAAAGGCACAACAUACCAGAAAACGACAGGAUCGAGUCAGGAUUGUUAUGUGGAGGACACUGCUGCGGUCGAGGAAGAGAAAAGCAGGUCCGAGACGUGAUCCGGCGGAGUGCCGAGGAAAAACUUGCUGCUGCAACGAGACCCAUAGCUGAGCUUCUGUUGGCAACCAGAAGAACCUUACAAGAACAUUUGACGGGUCUAUCGCAUCAGUCACAGAACAAGACUGCAGCAUUGUUCUCACAGCUCUACCGAAAUCAUGCGAAAAGAGCUCAUACUCCGCUGGCUAGCCUAUACGACGAUAUAAGGACCAUCUUACGGUCCAAGCCAGAAAUGGAGGCCUCACUCGGAGAAGACCUGGGAUCACCAUCUCCUAUAGAUAUGCAGAUUAGUACAAAGAAGUUCUUCAGGGAUAUAUUUCCAGUAGCAUAUCAGAACGUGUUAAGGCUGGAUGCUAAGGAAUUCACACGGGAGUAUGAGGCGUGUUUGAAAGAUGCUUAUGAAGCUGUGCAGCCGUUUGGAGAAGUGCCUCAACAGUUAGGAACAUCGCUGUCGAAGUCCUUGGAAGCGGCGCGAGCUCUUCUGCAAGUGCUGGCUGUGGGCGCCGGUGCUCUGACCACCAGCGAACAACUGAUCUCCACCACAGACGAGGAGUGUUCCACCAAGCUGCUCAGACUGGCAGGCUGCUCCAGGUGCAAGGGCUUUGACGUCGCGCCUUGUAGGAACUUCUGUCUCAAUGUUGCUAGAGGGUGCCUGGGCUCGAAGGUCUCCGAGUUGGAUGCUCCUUGGACUGGCUACGUCGAAGGAGUCGAGAGACUGUCCAGGGCUGACGCUGACUCCGCACUAAGAGCUAUCGAUGCGAGAGUUUCAAAUGCCAUCAUGCACGCCCUUGAGAACCAUGUGCUGCUGGAGAAGAAAGUUCGUCAAGAGUGUGGUUCUCCAUCAACGCUGGAUGUUACAAAUCCUUCUUCUCCAAGACCCACUCCUGGUGCGACCAGACGAGACGCCCUGCGAGCACCACCACCGGACAGUGAACUUCUUCAGUUCGCAGCAACACUGGCCACCACCAAGAAACUCUUCAGUGGUCUUGCAGACCGUUUGUGCGAUGAACCGGACUUUGCAAGUGAAACGAGUGAACAGUGUUGGAAUGGAGAAAACAUCGGAGAGUAUACGAAAGCGCUGGUUGCAUCGGCAUCGAUAAGUGACCAGAAAUAUAACCCCGAGCUGACGACACCAACUAAUCCAGACACAAAGGUUGCUGCGCUGGGCGACAGACUGCGGCAAGCAAGACAGUUGCUGUUUGAGCACUCGUGGACUGGCAGUGCACCAGCGGCUGAAGCCUUCAUGCAAGGAGACGAGGCGGGUGAUGAGGGUUCAGGGUCUGGGCGACUGUAUACUGAUGACGACGGCUCGUAUGAUGCGGAAGGAUCCGGCGAAGAGGGUUCUGGAUCUCAGGAUAUAAGUAGUCGAACAAUGAUAGGUACUGGAGAUGGUCCUACCUAUUCGGAGCCACCUAAAGUUGGAAGCUCAGCAACAAUACAGAGGUCGUUCACCCUGCUUACCAUACUACUAAUUUUUACCAAUGUGUAAGCUAUAGUGAGUUUUGUGUUAAGUGAUAGAUUGUGCAAUGAACCUAUUUAAUUCGCAUGUACAUUAGACAUGUUUAGAACUGUGAUUUGUUGAAUAUAUCAAUUUAAAUGAUACAAAACAGUAAUAGAACAAUACUUUAACUUCAAACUAGAGCGUCCGAAUCGACGUACACACACAUACACAUGAUUGAGCGAAGCUGAGCGGAGCUCCCACCAAUUGCUCCUCCAAUUGAUUUC